CGAGAGACAGACUUGCCUUUUUCUCUUCUUGAAAAAACAAGAAGCUCAAUAGUCAUGGCGGUUCACCUGAACUGGUCUCUACCGACUCAGUCUUCCCUCGCUUUCCUCCAUCGGACCUUCCACAAAGCUCCGGCUCCGCCUAGACUCCUCUCCAUCGUAUCUCAGAAGCUCAGCUCCGGUUCUGGAGAUCCAUUUCUUUCUAAUGCGUCCGGGUUCGGACCUAGGAAAUCCGCGAAUUUGGAUCGUCCAGAAGCUUCGAUCGGAUCUUCUGGUUCCUCUUCGUCUUCUUCAUCGUCGUCUUCGGUUAUUGAUUUCCUCACAUUGUGUCAUCGGCUCAAGACAAUAAAAAGGAAGGGAUGGAUCAAUCAUGAGAGGCGACUUCCAGAGCCUAUUGCUCAUCAUAUUUACCGCUUGAUGGCAUUGAUUGCUGGUGACCUUCAUGGUGUGAACAGGGAAAGGUGUAUUAAGAUAACAGUCAUGCAUGAUAUUAUAGAAGUGCUAUCUGAUGGUAAUCCUAAAAAAGAAAAGAGCAGACAGGAGUGGGCAGCUUUAAAGGAAAUAUAUGAACUUAUUGGUGGAGAGAUUAGAGUUGAAGAGUUUAAAGAACUUUGGGAGGAGUAUGAAAAUAACUCUUCCUUAGAGGCUAAUCUUGUAAAAGAUUUUGAAAAAGCUGAACUGAUUUUGCAAGCACUGGAAUAUGAAAUGGAAUAUGGUAAGGUGCUGGAUGAGUUUUUCCUUUUAACUGCAGGAAUGUUUCAGACUGAAAUAGGAAAAAGUUGGGCAGCUGAGAUCACUUCAAGGAGAUAUCGAUGGAAUAUGGGAGGAUAAAUAAUUGGACUUGCACUCCAAAGCAAUUGAAACAUGGUUUUAUGAUCAGCAACCAAACUACUGAAAAUAUCAGAUCUUUGAAAUUCGAGCACAUAGGGGUAUCAUAUCCUGUUGUAGUAGCACAGUACAGGUGAUGUUCUCUUUUCCUUUUUGUCUUCCCUGUUAUCCUUCCAUUGAUCAAAGAUGGUGUCACUUUAAUGAGCGUUUUGUACUUUAACAUGAUAGCAGUGGGAAUUUUCAUAUCCUUACAUUGAUCGAAGAUGGUGUCACUUUAAUGGGUGUUUUGUACUUCAACAUGAUAGCAGUGGGAAUCUUCAUUCUACUUC